AUGGCAACUUCUGUUCGAAAAUCCAGUUCGCGUAGAAGAGUUGCGGCUUUGACUUUUUUAUCUAAUAUAUCAUUAGAUGGGACACAUCGCGAUACAAAAAUGUGUUUGUUUUCCCGGUCGAAUGCAGUACAUAAUCAAACCAUAUCGGAUACUGUGCUUGAAAAUUGUUCAAAAAUUGAUGUGACUCCGUUGACAAGUGACAGAACAAAACCUAAAUCAAAUACAACUCCUGAUAGAACUUCAAAUAGCCCUGGUGACAGUGACAUAACAAUAACUCCUUUGAAAGAUCACGAAAAUGUUAAUUCAGUGCAGAAAUUACCGGUAUCAUUAUUUAGUACUCCUUUUCGUGAGAGGACGGGAACGGGAGGGAGCGAUCAUUCAUUCGAUAGGAGAUUCAAUUCUUUGAGUUAUAAGAAAAGACCAUUGGGUCAUCAGAGUUCUUUUCAUCAGGACAAUGCUGGUCCUUUCAGCAGCAACGAAAGUUUGGGGGGUAGAAAUAGCGGAGCACCCGGACGACAGACUCCCAUAGCCAUACCUGAACAGCCGCGAUCGAACGAAAUACGAAUGGUUUAUCCCGUUAAAGGUCAAUCGUUCAGAGAGCGAGAUGAAAGACUGGUAAUUGUUUCAAGCUCAAGAAUGCCCAUCGUAGUUUUUUCCUCACUUCCCUAUAAUAAAACUUGUCGAACCGGACGAAGUGAAAUAAAAAAAGAUGGCGGGCGAAGGAGAAACACUUCUGGGCCCAGGCCGUUGUCUUCCAUAGCCGAUGGUGCCGAUCCGUGGUGUCUUCUUGGUUUGGAAAGAAGUCAAGAGGGUCAAGAAGUGUCGUACGGUCAAUUAUUGGUACCGUCUAAACAUUAUUUCAGAGACAGGAAAUUAUAUUCGUCGGAUUGCGAAUUCGGUGAUAGUCCCGCGAGCAAACAUCAUCUCAUUGCCAGGUGUUUUUCUUACGAUUCGACUACUCAUAAAUCAACGUCAUUUGCCACAUCUGCAUCUCCUCCGCCUCCUCUCCAGCAUUCGGAUGGUAAAAGUUUCGAUUGGGACGAUACAUCUUCUCUAACUCAUUCUCCAUUGCCACAAUAUCAUCCCCAUUUGUUGGACGAUCCAGAACUCAUUGCUGGAAAACAUAGAACGUUGUUAACGUUUACGUCGUACAUGACAUCCGUCAUCGAUUACGUUCGUCCGGCGGAUCUUAAAAAAGAACUCAACGAUAAAUUUCGCGAAAAAUUUCCCGGAGUCAAACUCACACUGAGCAAAUUGAGAUCUUUGAAAAGGGAAAUGAAAAAAAUAGCAAAAACCGAAAGCGGUUUGGAUUUGGUUGCCGUGGCACAAAGUUACGUGUAUUUCGAAAAAUUAAUAUUGCGAAAUUUGAUAAACAAAGAAAAUCGUAAACUUUGCGCCGGAGCGUGUUUGUUACUUUCGGCGAAAUUAAACGACGUCAAAGGAGAAAAUUUAAAAUCAAUCAUCGAAAGGACGGAAAAUAUAUUCAGGCUCAAUAGGAAAGAAUUGAUAGCAUCGGAAUUUGCAGUGCUCGUCGCAUUGGAAUUCGGUCUUCACGUUCCCACGUGGGAAGUUUUCCCACAUUAUCAACGUUUAAUUUACGAAUCCUGA